AUGCAGGGGGACUUCAAUAACUGCAAUGAGGUUAUCCUACUGGCCAUGUUUGAUGUACAUGGACAGCAGUUGGAGUGUCCAAAUCUCCCUUUAGGACCCGCACAUUCCACUGAGCCAGCACAAGUAAAUCCGCCGUUACCAGUGUCACCAUCUUUUUCGCGAAAAAAAAGGUCGUUGAGCGGUUACAUGAAGAGCGGCAACGAUUACUUGUUGGCGGACCAGCAUGAACUAUAUCACGAGGAGGUAGUGGCGAGUUCGAGUGGUGGUGCUGUGCGAGGCGUGCGGUUCCCAGCGACGGCAGUAGCAGACGAUCAGAAUAAAUCGUUUCGGAAAACCGCCACUCAUAACUGA